AUCCUAUGUUAAAAUCACUCCAUCAAAUCGAAAAAGCGUAGUCCACAGAUACAGCUUCAAAAUUAGAAAUUAAUAAAACCAUAGAGCCAAGCCAUUCUAGAUAGUUGAACAACAAUUCCUUUCCAUAUAAAAAAAAAGUCAACACCUCAUUAAUCUACUUUUUCUAUUACCCUUUAUUAGUAACAAAAAGAAGAUGCAAAUCAUAAACAAUCAGAAAAAAAGAGUACAAAGGAGAGUAAUUAGCGGGGUACUCUAUCAUCAUUAAUAAUUAAGAUAAGGAUUAGAAACAGAGUCUUCUAAUUCUUUCUUUGCUUGCAAAAGCAGCAAAUGAACACUUUACCACUCAAUUUUCACUUCAAUUCCAAUCAUGCCCUUCUCUACCUCCUCCUCCUCCUCUUCAUCCUCCUUUCUCCGCAACCUUCAACGGCGCAGAUUCCGAAUUCAUUGCCACCACCACCACCACCACCAGACAAAAUCACCACUCUCAAAUUCGACAAAUCCAUGGCAAUUGUGCUUAUCAUCUUAAUCGGCGUGUUUCUCAUCCUCGGUUUUCUCUCAGUCUACACACGCCAGUGCGCUGAACAGAGAAUGAGAGGAAGAUUCGAUUUAUCUAUUCCGAUCGCCGGAAGUCACCGGAGACACCGUGGACUUGAGACGGAAAUCAUUGAAACGUUUCCGACUUUUGUUUACUCCACCGUGAAAGGACUCAAAAUAGGAAGAGCUGCACUAGAAUGCGCCGUGUGCUUAAACGAGUUUCAAGACGAUGAAACGCUGCGUUUGAUUCCGAAUUGUAGCCACGUGUUUCAUUCUCAAUGUGUCGAUGCUUGGCUUGUUAAUCACUCCACGUGUCCCGUUUGUCGGGCUAAUUUGAUUCCAAGACCCGGUGAUACUUCUUUCGCUUCAAUCCAAAUACUGGAUUCAAGUUUAUCCGAUUCAGAUGACCCGACCCGAAUUAGUCCUAUUAGAGGUCCAGGUAUUGCAGUUACGUCUCGUUCUCCAUCUCCAAAGGUGAAUUAUUCAGUUACACCGAACCGGGCUCGACCGGUUCGAUCAAGUUCAACAGGGUUUAAAAUUGGCAACUGGGUUCCGUUUGCACGCUCACAUUCAACAGGUCAUUCACUGGUUCAAGAAGGAGAGAAUCACGAGCGGUUCACUUUGAGAUUACCGGAGGAAGUGCGGAACCGGUUGGUGGGUUCAACUCCAAGCCGGGUUACGAGUUGUGGUGUUACUUUUACUCGAGAGGGUAGUGGGAGGAGGGGAUAUAGAACGAGAAGUGUGGGAAGUAGUGGUAAUGCGAGGAGCUAUGAUUGGUUUAACCGGCCGGACCGGAGGGGAUUCUCUUGGACUCCACCGUUUAUGGGUCGAACCGGUUCGAGUUGGUCGAAGAAUAAGUCACCUGGGAAAAUGGAUGAUGUUGGAGAACGGUCUUCUGAUCGGUUGUUUGAAGGUAAUCGGGGUUAGUUGGGUAGGUAUUGUUUGAUGAAAAUUUUAAAAAAUUAAAAAAAAAAAAAAAAAAAAAAAGAAUAUACCGUUGAAAUACAGAUGAAGAUUGUGUUUAUUUAAUGUAAUGUGGAAUAUUGUUUAGGUUUUGUGGGUGGAAUUACGAAAGUGGAUAGAAUUUGUUCAUGAAUGAAGUUUAUUUUUAAUUAAUUGAAUGACGUUUGUUUUA